UGUGCACGAUGUCAUGCUGCUGUCCCCAGACUCGGGUGUCAGGCACGUAGAGACACAGUGACGGCCCACUAGGGAAUAUUAUUGCCCCUCCCUCUGUACUCCUCUCUGUCUUUCCCUCCUUUUGUCUCUUGCUCCCUCUCUCUGAGAAAGCUAACACUCCUCUGUUUGUUUGUUGUUGACUUGAAGUACAACUCAAACAUGGAGGGAGCAUUUAGAAGCUCUCCUCCUCUCUCUCGCUCUCUCUCUCUGUUUCUUUUCUUGUAGUGAAGUGUUGUGACAGUGACUGUCAGAAACAGAUUACCAGUUGGUUGGCGGGCCUGGCAAGGCGAAGGUGUGUGUGUGUGUGUGUGUGUGUUGGGGUGUAUACAUCUGCAGAAGAGAGGUCUCUCUCUAACCUGCUGCUAUUAAUACCACCUAACGAACAUAAUCUGGAGGACAGGUUAUCCUCUUACGUUUGUUGGCUGCACGGCUGGUUGCGGAGCACAGGGGAGGUGAGGGGGAGUGAGAGAGAGAGAGAGAGAGAGAGAGAGAAGGAGAGGGAAAUCAGGCACUGCUGCAGAUUCUUUCCUAUUGCGCUCUUUAUCUACAAUGUUCUCUCUCUGUCGCUCGGAGUGAAUAGAAAGCUAAACAGAUGUUUAAAGCAUAGUUUCGUUUCUCCCCCAACCGUCUCUAUCUCUCUCUCUUUCCUUUCUUUCUCGCUCUCCCUUUCUCUCUGUUGUGGACGUGCCUAGCCAGAGGGGCAGUAGUACUAAGUGCCUCCUGUGCACUUGUGUAUCAGUAGUUGAUGUCAACCUCACUGACAAUAACAGAACUGAAACACUAGUUAACAUUUCAUAGACAAACCAUUAUUCUCCUAUCAUCUCGUUUCAUCAUGAAUACUUUGAAUACAGGAGCUAGGAUAUCAGGCUGCUGGACUGUAACAGGCUGCAGUGGGGGUGGAGAGGGCUCCCUGGACAGACUCCUCGCCUCCGUCAGCUCUGGGCUGGCACCACGGAAACGGACUACCAGCCAGUGCAAGUCAGAACCGCCCCUGCUGCGGACCUCCAAGCGGACCAUCUACACAGCCGGCCGCCCACCCUGGUAUAACGAGCAUGGAACCCAGUCCAAAGAGGCUUUCGUCAUCGGUCUGUGUGGGGGCAGUGCCUCAGGGAAGACCACUGUAGCCAGGAAGAUCAUAGAGGCUCUGGAUGUCCCCUGGGUGGUCCUGCUCUCCAUGGACUCCUUCUACAAGGUUCUGACUCCUGAGCAGCAGGUCACGGCAGCCAGUAAUGACUACAACUUUGACCACCCAGAUGCCUUUGACUUUGGCCUGCUGGCACACACACUGAGGAAACUCAAACUGGGCAAGAGUGUCAAGAUCCCUGUGUAUGACUUUACCACACACGGACGCCAGAAGGAGUGGAAAACAGUGUAUGGAGCCAGUGUUAUCAUCUUUGAGGGAAUCAUGGCCUUUGCAGAUAAAGAACUGUUACAGCUGUUGGACAUGAAGAUCUUUGUGGACACGGACUCAGACAUCCGUCUGGUGCGUCGGCUGCAGAGGGACAUCACAGAGCGUGGCCGGGACAUCGAGGGCGUCAUCAAACAGUACAAUACGUUUGUGAAGCCCGCCUUUGAGCAGUACAUUGAGCCCACCAUGCGACUGGCUGACAUUGUGGUACCACGCGGAGGAGGCAACAUGGUGGCCAUAGACCUGAUCGUACAGCACGUCCACAGCCAGCUGGAGGAGAGGAAACUGCGCUGGGAUAUGGCGGCCCUUGCCUCUGCCCACCAGGCCCAGCCCCUCCCCCAGACCCUGAGUGUUCUGGAGAGUACGCCCCAGGUCAGGGGCAUGCACACCAUCAUCAGAAACAAAGAGACGAGCAGGGAUGAGUUCAUCUUCUACUCCAAGAGACUGAUGCGUCUGCUGAUUGAACGAGCGCUUUCCUUUCUUCCCUCACAGAGCCAUAUAGUUCAAACACCGCAGGGGGAGGACUAUGAAGGCAGGACUUUCCACGGGAAGAGGAUCACUGGAGUGUCCAUCCUGCGAGCAGGAGAGACCAUGGAGCCAGCUCUCCGGGCGGUGUGUAAAGAUGUCCGCAUCGGGAAGAUCCUCAUCCAGACCAACCAGGACACAGGAGAACCAGAGCUGCACUACCUGCGUUUGCCUAAGGACAUUGGUGAGGACCAUGUGAUUCUGAUGGACUGUACCGUGUCUACUGGGGCUGCUGCCAUGAUGGCCGUACGAGUCCUACUGGACCAUGAUGUCCAGGAGGAUAAGAUCCUGUUGGUGUCUCUGCUGAUGGCUGAGAUGGGGGUCCACUCUGUAGCCUACGCCUUCCCUCAGGUCCAAAUCAUCACCACCGCCGUCGACAAGAAGGUCAACGACCUCUUCCACAUCAUACCCGGCAUAGGAAAUUUCGGUGACCGGUACUUUGGCACGGACGCACCCCCAGACUGGAGCGAUGAGGAGAUGGAUGAGCCCAGUUACUGAUGGGACAAUGGGCAGACCCAUUUGAAUGAUUCAGGGGUGCGCCGUUUGGUGGACGAUUUAGGAAUGUGCUUUUCACCCCACUCGGCAGCUACGUACACCCCAUUAUUUUGGGGACCAAAGAGGACACCCUGGAGGACUAGAGCACCUUGAAUUUCACUGAGAUACAGAAAAUGAGUAAAAUAUAAAGGACAAUUAAUAUAUACAUUCAGUUUUUGUAUAUUUCUAUUUUCGUUUUAUGCCAAUGUGGUUGUGGACAGUUGUAAUAUAAAAAUGUAAUACUUUUAUAAUGUGAAUGUUGGUUUGUAAAAUGUUCAAUUUCUUUGUCGUUUCAAUUGUGCUUUUUGAGGGUACAAAGCCUUUAUCGUUAUAACCUGUGGAUGACAACAUUCAAUAAGAGCUAAUUGCAAAACACACUUUUUUCUUUCUUUUACAGAGCUUAGUUAACAUUUCAGAAUACAAGCCAAAAAACACACA